UAUCAGAUGCCAGAGCAUUUCCUCCAGUUCACCGCAGAACCUCGUAGGUGUGAUUGAGUUACUUCUGGAAAGAGAUAGACUUCGGAAUGAAGAUUCUCGUUUCCUGCUUUACAAUCUGUACUUUGUUAUCUGCUGCGACCUCGAAUAAGCUCCUCAGAGAUACUGGACAAGGAGAUUCCGAAGAGAAAAUCGUCUUCCACAAGCCUUCAGAUUCUUCUUCUUCUGGAUUCAUAGUAAAGGUUGUCCCUGCACAUUUAAAGGUACAAGGAACAGCUAAUGAGAGAGAAUAUUUAAUGGUACAAGGAGCUAGUGGGAGAGUCGAUGAUGAGAUCAAGAAGAUGGGGGGAAAGGAAGAAGAGGAGAAAGGUUUUUUGGAAAGGAAUGCGGAAUUUUGUGAAUUAAGUCAACACUUGCUCGAUUGCAACUUCAAGGGGAAGAAGUUGGUUAGAAUUAAGGAUUUUCCAGAUGAUGAAGGCAUUGAAAAACUCCUUGUAAGGAACGCCUUUGAAGUGUUUCUAUCGGGGUCCGUGUGCUCCGAUCUCGUGCUGGAGGACAUCGGGAACGUGACGGUCGAGGGGCGUCUGCCGUCCGACUGCCCGGGAGGGAAAGUGCUCGUGCUGAAGAACGUCUCCCUCAAUCGUCUACCGGAAGCUGUGAAUUCGGUCUACGUUUUCACUUCCUAUAUUGAGGAGAUGGCCUUGCAUGUUACAGAUACGUUUCUGGUGAGAGAGAGUAAAAUUGGGAGCCUAGACGUCUCGACGACUUUGAAAAGCGAAGUCAAUGUUACAAUAAAUCAGACUAAAGUCGAUCUGAUGCAAAAACUACGCGUGAGCAAUCGCUCCGCGUUAUUUUUAUCCAACUGCACUUUUGGCAGCAUACGAAAACAUGCGGUGGUACUUGGUUCGGGUAACCAUGUGGUCCGUGACGUCAUAAUAAAACAUCCCUCCUCGACUGCACCCAACAUCGAUCUGAGAGGUGAAGCAGAAUUGACAAUUACAAAUCUUACAGGCUCCAUGAAAAUUGUCCACGAACCUUGCUCUCCUGUUGUACACCAGGCCCCUUGCUCUCUGCCACCCCUUAAGGAUACAGCCUCAAGUCAUUCUUCUGUCCAUUCAGUGAAAGAAAAAUCAAAAGAGAGAGACUCAGUAUCUAGGUGUGUGAUCAUCCAGAGCGGGAAGAAUUUCGAAAACUGCCAGAUGUUUGUGAUAUUGUUUACAUUCUCGGUCUUCCUAAACAUCGUCCAGCUGCUAUUUAACCAGCCACGGGAACUCCUCAUGAAAAUGUUUCGUAUCGAAUCGUCAGCCUCCGGUCGUCCUGACAGUUCGAGGCCUAAAAGGGACAGCACACUAAGCGAAGACGGAGAUGUACCCUUUCUCCCUGACGAAGACAUCGUCGGUAGAAAACGAGGCGUGUCCUUUCCGGGUGACAGCAAGGCGGUCAUAGAAAACGGAGAUCCCUUCGACAACCCAAUCUUUGUCAGCGAAAUUCAGAUGAUCGAUGAGAGACGUCCAAGAACUUACCGGCAUAGUCUGAGUGUCGAUUCAAAGGAUGAAGCAGAUAUAUUUCUAAAAGGAUCGGAGUCUAAGAAAUCUUUUCUGGUUCCACGGCGACGCAUUCGGUCUAGCAACAGUUCAUAGAGGACUUUUUAUCUGGUAUCAGUAGUCGUUGAUAACGAUGAUUAGGCUAAAGAAAAUAAGCAUUUCCUUCGGUAUUGGUCUAACACCGAUGGUGUAUAUCGGUCGGCCCAGAUUACAAGGGACUGUGUUUAUUUUAAUGUAACAUUCAUGAUUUUCAAGUUUAGAUAGUUAUAAGUAAGUUGACCCUAAGCCUCGUAAAUCCGAGGUAUAUAAUAAAGAAUGAUAACUAUUAAAAACAAGAAAUUGAAAGAAAAAAAUCAAUGCUAUCUUUAAAUGCGGUGGAUUUUACCGGAAGCUUUGUGCAUCGCUUCAUUUUACUCUCAAAUAAAUUAUGCAAUAAAGGGUUAAUUCGUCUGAAUAGUACUGAUAUACACUUGGAAAUAAAAUAACAACAUUCAGAUCACACGGAAGUACAGUAGCGGAGUAGGCAAAUGCAUAUUUCUUUGUCCAUGUGACCUAAUGGAAGCCGUAAAUGUAACAGAUAAAUCGUAAACUACACGAUCAUGCAUUUUACAUAGUUGGAAUUGGAAAUUAUUCGUCAUCUACGUAAUGACUUAAUUUCGUAAUAUUAUUAAAGGAUGUACAGUUUUCUACAUUACACUGUGAGCUUCGAAUGCAAGUGUAAAAUCUAUGUCACUGUUAUAAGAUUAUGCGUUUAUAAUCUCUCUUUAUUUUCAGUUAAAACUUAACUCAUGUUUAUAAACAAUUUGACAUUAUAUUAAUCACUGUAUUAAA